UCGACCCCCUCGCUUCCCCCCUCCCACUCUUCGUGUCUCUAGCUGCCCCUGGCUGCCCCUCGCUGCCCUUCCCGCCCGUGAGGGUGUCCCAUGGAGCUGAGUGACGCGGCCGGGCUGGACGGCCUCUCCCCGGGAGUCGCUGCGCGGCUCUGCGCGCUCCUCGACGCGAACGGGGGCCGGGGCUGGCGAGGCCUCGCCCGCGCUCACAGCCUCCGGGAGGACGAACUGGAGAUCGGCGAGCCGGGCCCCUCGGCGCGCCUCCUGUCGGCUCUGGGGGCCCGCGGGGUGCGGGUGUCCGAUCUGGCACGGGCCCUGGGGGCCCUGGGGGCCAUGGGACACGACGACGCGGCCAGGGCCCUCGGGCAGGAACCGGUGUUUGUGGAGUGGUGCUCGGAGUCACAGCAGGCCUGGCGGGGAGAGUCCGUCACUCUGGGGUGCCUUGCACGUGGCAACCCUCCACCACGGUUCACCUGGUUCCACGGCAAACACGAGAUCCCGGACGCCGUGGGCCCUGAGCUGCUGCUGGCGUCCGUGUUGCCGCGUGACGCCGGUCACUACACAUGCCGCGUUCACAACGAAGUCAGCUACGGCUUCACCGACUGGAUCAGGCUGAGGGUGCUGGGCGACCAAACGACGCCAGGUCAUUGCCACGAGAAAAGACCUGGUCCUGUGGAGCACUCGGAGGCCACGGGGGCCACGCAGGCCUGGGGUCCCCAGAGCCCCUCACAGUCGCCCUUCUUACCCCUCGAUGCGGAGUCAAGUUCCUUCCAGACCACGUUUUAUGCAACGGAGAAGGUGGCGCUGGUGAUCGGCAACUUGAGUUACCGAAACCACACCGCCCUCCGCGCCCCCCUGGUCGACGCCCGUGACCUCACGUCGUUGCUCCGCGUGCUCGACUUCCGGGUCGUGACCCUCAUUGACCUCGACCUCCAACACAUGCGGCUGGCCGUGGCGCGAUUCCUUGAGCUGCUGGACGAGGGCGUGUACGGUCUGCUCUACUUCGCGGGUCACGGCUUUGAGAACUAUGGGCAGAGCUAUCUGGUCCCCGUGGAUGCGCCGAGGCCCUACCUAAGCGAGCACGCGCUCAGCGCUACCACCAUCCUGCGGGGCAUGCAGGCCCGGCGCACCGGCCUCAACGUGCUGCUGCUCGACAUGUGCCGCAAGCGCAACGUGCAUGAGUGCACGGUGCCACCCGUGGAGACACUGGAGGUGACGGCCAACAUCGUGUUUGGAUACGCCACCUGCCAGGAUGCAGAGGCCUACGAGCUGGACGUGGGUCCAGGGGAGAAGGCCGGCGUGGCAAAUGGCCUCUUCAUGCGCUUCCUCAAGGAGCGGCUGCUGGAGGACCGCAAGGUGACGGCGAUGCUGGAUAGCGUCGCCGAAGACAUGGGCCGCUGUAACCUGGCACGCGGGAGGCAGGCGCUGGAGAUCCGGAGCAGCUUGUCUGAGCGGCGUGCCCUCACCGACCCCCGCAGACCUGCCCAGGGCUUCCCUGCGCGCUCCAUCUACCAACGCUGGGCGCAGGCGCACGAGCUACCCCCCAACCGCACGCGCGAGUUUGACUCGGGCUGCCUUGUGCACCUGGGCUUUGCUGCCGAGUUCUCCAACGUACUGAUGAUCUACGCACGCGUCCUGGAGCGCGGCGCCGGCGUGGUCUCGUGCCGCGCAUAUGUCACCGACCUGCCGGACGAGCUGGAAGUGGAUGCUAAGAUAAGCAAUCUGAGUAGCCUGGAGGUGUCCGGCAGCGAGGGAUCGGUACCUCACCGCCCGGCAGAGCCGUGCUUCUCCACACGUGUCACAGGACUGCAGCACCUGCGGGCUACCAAGCAGUUCCUGGAGGAGGUGAACCGCUGGCGCGAGCAGAAUGGCGCUGCCCCCGUGUGCUGGGCCACAGCCGUCAAGUUCCUGGCCGCUCGCAAGUUUCACACGCAGCGUGCCAUCGAGCUCUUUCACGCCUACCGGCUGACACGCAUCCGGGAGGGCAUCUAUGGGUUGCGGCCUGACGAAGAGCCCCUCCGCUCGGAGCUCUCCUCCGGAAAGUUCACAAUCCUGAGUGGCCGGGACCCUGGGGGGGCGGCGCUGGCACUUUUCACGGCAAGGUUGCACGAGCCGGCGCGCGCGGCGCACACCGUCGUGCUGCAGGCUGUGCUGUACCAGCUCGACCGCGCCGUGGAGAGCCGUGACACCCAGAGGAACGGCCUGGUGUUUGUGUAUGACAUGACGGACUCCACCUACCGCAACUUUGACUACGAGCUCUGCGUCAAGAUGCUUAACCUACUCAAGGGUGCGUUUCCCGCGCGGCUGAAGCGUGUGCUCAUCGUGUCAUCUCCCAUCUGGUUCCGUGCUCCCUUCACCGUCCUGCGUCUCUUCGUGCGGGAGAAGCUUCGUGACCGAGUGUGCACCGUGCGCCUGUCGGAGCUGCAAGCAUUUGUUCCCUGCGCAUCGCUGCCAUCCCAGCUGGGGGGCUCGCUCCCACUUGACCACACUGGGUGGCUGCAGGCCUGCGCCUCGUCCAACUCUGCGUCCACCACUGGCUACACCAGCAUGGACGACCUCCUCUUUCUGCCAUCCAUCUCUAACAACGCUCCGCUCAGCCCCUGCAACAACCAGCGCCAGCCCAACGGCGCGCAGCCGGGUAGCGGUGGCGGUGGUGGCGGCACAGGCAACAACAACGCGGAUGGGGAGGAAGGCUGGCUGCAUGGUGGCAUUGGUCCGGGCCGCACCCUGGAGGAGCUGGUGUACCACCUGAAGGCCGUGAGGAAGCGCGGCAUCUACAGCGAGUACGAGGAGAUUGCGCGUCAGCCGCCCACCGGGACCUUCCACUGCUCAAAGCUGCCGUACAACUUUGGCAAGAACCGCUAUACAGACGUCUUGUGCCUUGACCAGUCGCGCGUCAAGUUGGGCUCCUCUGGGAAUGACGAGAAGAUGGACUACAUCAACGCCAGCUUCAUGGAUGGUUACAAGCAGCACAACGCGUACAUCGCCACGCAGGGCCCCAUCCCGCAGACCUUUGUUGAUUUCUGGAGGAUGGUGUGGGAGCAGAGAGUGCAGGUGAUCGUCAUGACCACGCGGGUGGUGGAGAGGGGCCGCGUGAAGUGUGGCCAGUACUGGCCUCUGGAUGCUACAAGCAGCUGCACGUUCGGCCCUUUCACGGUCACCAGCCUGCAUCUGGAAAAGUUCCAGGACUACAACCUGACCACACUUGAAGUCCACAACAUGCAGACGGGAGAGACCCGCGAGGUCGCGCACUACCAAUACAUGAGCUGGCCGGACUUCGGGGUUCCUCGAUCGGCGCUCGGCAUGCUUGACUUCCUGGCGCACGUGUCGCGGCACCAGGCGGCAGCGACGCAGGCACUGGGGGGUGAAUGGCGCGGGCACCCGGGGGGGCCACCCGUGGUCGUGCACUGCAGCGCCGGUAUCGGCCGCACCGGAACGUUCUGCACGCUGGACAUCUGCCUGGCAAGGUUGCGCGAGGUGGGCACAGUGGACGUGGCGGGCGCGGUGCGGCGCAUGCGCAGCCAGCGCGCGUUCUCCAUCCAGACAGCCGACCAGUAUUACUUCUGCCACACGGCACUCAUCGAGCACGCGCAGCGCGCCGGCCUGCUGCCCGCGCACGUAGAGUGGUCUCCCAGCGACAUCGACUCCGACAGUGACUAACCAGGAGCCCGGCCGCACCAACCAGACUCGCUCGGCGAAUGGACACGCACGCACGGCCCGGUGCGGCGCCGCGGCCUCCAUGUGACGGGAGGCAGCGCCGCCGCAGACGCAGGCCCCGCCGCUCGGGCGAGCACAGCCCACAUCGUCUGCAUUGUGUCUCGUGUAUAAACGCAACAAAACCCGGGUCACACGUAUACUUUUGCCUUUUUAUUAUGUGCCUUUGAAUCCUUUAACGCAGUCUUGCAAUCAUACUGAUGGGCGGAGGUUGGUUCUGGUUAUAUUUCCCAGUAUGUAAAUACUGUGUACGAUAUAUGUGUGUAUACAUAUGUGUACGGUGGUUGGACUGUGAUCAUGUGAGUGUUCUGAAUGCAAAGAGUUCAUGCAUUGUACUCGUGGGUGGGGUAGGUCAAAACUGGGGACAGUGUGGGUUGGCGGAGGGAGGGGGUAGCGUGUGAAAGUGACUAGACAAUACUUGUGCGUAUCUGCUCCCAGGAAUCCUACACGUGUCUGUGUGACUGUCGCGAUUCGGGGUCGAUUCCUACAGAACGGGGAAAGUCUGUGGGGUCUGUUCGCUCCUCGUGUCGUCCAGUGGGGAAGUUGGUAGUGGCCGUAUGAAGAGAAGGGCCACGGCCGGCACCGACCCGUGACGACAUUCUGUGUUGCCAAUCGGUAGAGGUUGCGUGUUUUGUAACCGGGCGGCAUGUGUUUGUGAGCGUGGGUCUGUGCCGGAGACGGCGCCGGUUCUCGCUGGGCCUUGUCGCUUGACGGAGUCCAGGGCGCCCACUCUUUUGUCUGCUGGCUGCUCAAGAAGGGAGUGGUGUUGAGACAAGCGUGAAGGCCUUUUUUACAGUAACUAAUUUCUUUUGUAUUUUCGUCGUGUACUCAAUAGACGUCUGUGCAUUUACAUAUUUAGAAAGUAUAAUCUCUAUACUGUUGCGUACUAUGGUAGUCGCUGAAGGUACCUUAACAGGAAGAAAUCCGGUAAUUGAUAAAGAUUGUUCACAACAAGACUUUAGUUGUAAGCCUUUUAUUUAUUGCUACUUAUAAUAAUAAUAAAACGUAUACUCUGGCAUUCCGCAGUCGCGUAUGCACAUUAAAGGGAUUUCCAGCCGGGUUGCUCAGUGGUGGAGCGAGUGGCUUGUAAUUUGAAGGCUAAUGAGUUCAAACCUCAGGGGGGAGACUUGCCCAUCAUCCCUCUGGGGUUGAUAGACUUAGUCCACUUUGUCAGGAUUCAACAGGUGGUUGGCCUAUAAAGCAACUCGCCCCAUUUGAGCAGAAACUCAUUUUGUUGAAAGCAUCACACUGCAAUGUCUUAAGUGAGAACAGUCUAAAGGCUCGGGAAGGUCCUGCUACAUUGAGAUGUUUGGCUAAUACAGCGUACAUGUUUUGGCUAUGGGUGGAACCUGAAACCAAUGUAAAACAGGGGCAGAACGUGCAUCGCACAGAAAGGUGCCAAAAUCAAACCCAGGUCAUUCUGACUCUCAAGUGUUGCCAGUAUACCACCAUGAGGCUGAAGUUGGUGUCUUAUUUGCAGCCCAAUUUUAAAUAAGUAGCUGGGGAUUUCACUGGUGAAAUGGCCUUGGGCGAUGAAUUUCAAAGUGGACAUCUCAAGAAGAGAACCCCUCUGCGAGCACCAAUCAGAUUUGGCACGGCCCAACGUGGAUAUCGGUCUCGCAAGGGGUGCCAAUUGUGGAAUGGGCAAGGACCGUUUUCUAGAUUUUGUACCGCUGGCGUUUCACAGAGUUGACACGUUAUUCCCCAUGCCUUGCCGCCAUCGCUGUCCUUAAAUGCGAAACACGAAUGCAUUCCAUAUCGUUCUAUAUUUGUUCGAAUUGUGAAAAUAACCAACUCCUUACAGAAACAAGUGUACACCGUCUACUAAAAUGUACUAUACAGCAUAUGUUACAUGGUUAAGACAGAUCAAUAUUUGUACAAAAUUCACAUCAACAUUUAGAAGUUGAUGUUUAUUCUGUGGCCCACAAAUACCGUGCAGCUCAUGUAGCAUAAGAAUACUUACUGUGACUACUUAAAUAAAGGUGUCUACAUUACUUGUA